AUGGAAUCAAAUAGCUUUGACAACUACUCUGCCAAUGUCAUGGUCGACGGAAAGCCCAUCAACCUCGGUCUUUGGGAUACCGCCGGACAGGAAGAUUACGAUCGUCUCCGCCCUCUUUCUUACCCCCAGACCGACGUCUUCCUCAUCUGCUUCUCCCUUGUCUCCCCUCCCUCAUUCGAGAACGUCAAGACCAAGUGGAACCCUGAGAUCAGCCAUCACGCCCCCAACGUCCCCACCAUUCUUGUCGGUACCAAGUUGGAUUUGCGCGAGGAGAAGGAGACCUUGGACAAGUUGCGCGAGAAGCGCAUGUUGCCCAUCACCUACCCCCAGGGACUCCAGAUGGCCAAGGAGAUCUCGGCUGUCCGUUACCUUGAGUGCUCGGCAUUAACCCAGAAGGGUCUCAAGAACGUCUUUGACGAGGCCAUCCGUGCCGUCCUCUGCCCCGUCCAACCCACAAGGAAGUCGAAGAAGUGCCUGAUCCUCUAA